GGCAGGAUGUUCGCACGAGGGUUGAAGAGGAAGAGCUCGGAGGACGCGGAGGACGCGGACGGGGGCGUGGCGGGCGUUCCGGCCGCCCCCUCCUACACUCUGCAGCGGCAGUCACUCUUGGACAUGUCCCUCGUCAAGCUCCAGCUGUGCCACAUGCUGGUCGAGCCCAACCUCUGCCGCUCGGUCCUCAUAGCCAACACGGUCCGGCAGAUCCAGGAAGAGAUGACCCAGGACGGGACCUGGCGGGUGGUGGCGCCCCAGGCCGCAGGGCGGGCGCCCCUGGACCGCCUCGUCUCCACGGAGAUCCUGUGCCGCUCGGGGCGGGAGCAGGAGGGCGAGGGAGACGGCCCCCUGGCAGACCCGGCCCCGGGACAGGCCCCGAGGCGCCCGCAGAGCAGCCCCUGGGGACUGGACGGCUCCCGGGAGGGCAGAGGAGGCUUUCAGAAGUCGCUGGAUCACAUAUUUGAAACGCUGGAGAAUAAAACCCCCGGGUCCGUGGAAGAGCUGUUUUCGGACGUGGACAGCUCCUACUACGACCUGGACGCGGUGCUGACCGGCAUGGUGGGCGGCACCCCCGCCUUCGCCCCCGCGGCCGCCGCGCCCCCCAGUUCCACCUGCAGGUCGGAUCUGGGCGAGCUGGAGCACGCGGUGGAGAUCCUGGUGGAGACCUGAGAGGGCGGUGGGACUCGUGGCGGAGGGGCCCCUGCGGCCCCCGGAGCGCGUGGCCUGGGCGU